AUGACAAACACUCGAAUGAUAGUCUCUCAGACAGCACUAGAUAUACUAGCUAGUCUCUCGGACAGCACUAGAUACACUAGCACUAUCGGCAGUAGGAAAACUGGAUUCUAUGCCAAUAUUGGUCGGGUUCAAGAUCCAAGCAAUUAUGUUACAAUGAGUUUUGAAAAAGAUAUUAGUCCAGCGGCAUUUCAACCUAAUCGAGGAGGUAAUGCACAGAGGCUUGACUUGUGGCGUGAGAGCCAAUUCGUUAGGCAGUUUAGGAUGGGGAUCGAGGAAUCCAGCAAGUUUCUUCCUAAUCAAGCACCUACCAAACUUCUACCGCUGAAACCGAAUAGAAAGAUUGACAAAAGGGACCGCCUUGGUGCAUCGGAGAGAAAAGAGAGUCUCCAUAGGGAGGAAGGAAACACGGAAGAGAGAAGUAGCAAGCAGGCUUUUGCUCCUGAAGAAUCCGUACUUCGCUCGGAUGCUUUCGACGUCGUUCUACUUAGUGACCAAGGGGAGGGCCUGGCGCGUCUUAUGAAUCUCCGUGCAUCGUUGAAGAACGGAGUGAACGAAAUUGAACACAAGAUCCAAGAGCCCAAAGCGGGCAGAGGUCGCGGCAAGAAGAAAAGAGGGAAAGUGGAGGUAGUCGAUGUGAGGACGCUUCUCAUCCAAUGUGCACAAGCCGUAGCAUCAAAUGAUCAUAGAAGCGCGAAUGCUCUGUUGAAUGAGAUCAGGAAACACGCCUCACCUUUUGGCGAUGGGACCCAGAGACUCGCUCACUACUUCGCUAAUGGUCUUGAGGCGCGGUUGGCCGGUACAGGCAGCCAGAUAUAUAGAGGCCUCGUCAAUAGGAAAACAACAGCAGCUGAUAUGCUGAAUGCGUACCAACUGUACCUUGCAGCUUGUCCAUUCCAAAGAUAUUCUAACGCUGUCCCGAUCUUUUCGAUAUUAGAUACAGUAGCAGAUAAGAUGAAGAUUCACGUCAUCGAUUUCGGUAUUCUUUAUGGAUUCCGAUGGACCACUCUGAUUCAGCACCUUUCCCAGAGACCUUGUCCACCGAAGCUCCGGAUCACUGGUAUAGACUUGCCUCAACCCGGAUUCAGGCCCGCAGAAAGAGUCAAGGAAACGGGUCAGCGCUUGGCAAAUUACGCUCAAAGUUUCAACGUGCCGUUUGAGUACAACGCCAUUGCGAAGAGGUGGGAGUUCAUUGAACUAGAGGAAUUCAAGAUCGAUAGGGACGAAGUGACUAUAGUCAGCUGCAUGUUCAGAUUCAAGAGCUUUUCACGAGACAUCGUCCUCAACCUGAUAAGAAGAGCCCAGCCGAAUCUCUUCAUCCACGGUGUUAUCAACGGAACCCACAAUUCCCCGUUCUUCGUCACUCGGUUUCGGGAGGCUUUGCAUCACUUCUCUUCUCCAUUCGACAUGCUUGACACUAUAGUACCCUGCGAAAACCAGGAGAGGAUGCUGAUCGAGAAGGAUAUGUUGGGGAGGGAGGCGUUGAAUACGAUAGCCUGUGAGGGAUGGGAGAGAGUGGAGGGACCGGAGUCGUACAAGCAGAGGCAAUUACGCAACAUGAGGCCCGGGUUUGUGCAGGUGCCCUUAAGCAGGAGGCUAGCGCAGUUCGUGAUCAACAAUAUCGCUUUGCGCUACCACAAAGAUUUCGUCGUAGACGAAGUCGGCAAGUGGCUGUUGCUAGGAUGGAAGGGACGGUUUCGGUACGCCUUUUCUACUUGGAAACUGGCAUAG